GGCCAACUCCAGUGAAAGCAGCACGGGCAGCAGAGCAGACGCCUGUCCGGAUGGAGGGCAAACUGUUCACAUUAUUGGUUUCAAUACUCGAGGCGUGAAACGCAUUUGGGGAUGUUGCUAUUUGCAGUCAUUUUUUUACGGAAUCAGGUCUGAAGUGAGUUAUUCCAGCAAUGUGAUUAUGAUGCCAUGAUGUUGCAUACACAGUCAGCGUGAUUUGCUAUGGUGACACCACAAGCUAACCCCAAGCUAGCAGAGGAAUUGUUUUGGGUGAUACCUUUUUGAAAAACUCACACGCCGUCACAUGAAUAAAGACAUUUUUUUGUGAAUUUUCAUCAAGCUGGAACACAAAGGGGAAUGUCUAGCCAAGGAGUUAGGAGAAAUGGCCCAGUAAAGCUGCGGUUGACAGUCCUGUGUGCAAAGAACCUGGCAAAGAAAGACUUCUUCCGGUUGCCAGAUCCUUUUGCCAAAGUGGUGGUGGACGGCUCAGGACAAUGCCACUCUACAGAUACUGUGAGAAAUACGCUGGACCCAAAGUGGAAUCAACAUUAUGAUCUAUACAUUGGAAAGGCAGACUCAAUCACCAUCAGUGUAUGGAACCACAAGAAGAUCCACAAAAAGCAGGGUGCAGGAUUCCUGGGCUGCGUCCGCCUCCUGUCCAACGCCAUCAACAGACUCAAAGAUACUGGCUAUCAGAGACUGGACCUGAAUAAGCUGGGCCCCAAUGACAAUGACACCGUAAGAGGACAAAUAGUCGUAAGUCUUCAGUCCAGAGAUCGCAUUGGGACAGGAGGGCCGGUGGUGGACUGCAGUCGUCUGUUUGACAAUGACUUACCCGAUGGCUGGGAAGAAAGGAGGACAGCUUCUGGAAGGAUACAGUACCUGAACCACAUCACACGUACCACGCAAUGGGAGAGACCUACCAGGCCAGCGUCAGAGUACUCUAGCCCAUCAGGGCGUCCGCUGAGCUGUGUGGUGGACGAGAACACUCCAGUGAUGACACCUGUUAAUGGGGCCGAGGCCAGCGUCCCACCGGGUGAACAGCGGAUCCAGGAGAGACGGGUUCGAUCACAGCGGCAUCGUAACUACAUGAGUCGAACGCACCUGCAUACACCGCCUGACCUGCCUGAGGGUUAUGAGCAAAGAACCACUCAGCAGGGGCAGGUCUACUUCCUCCACACACAGACUGGAGUCAGCACCUGGCAUGACCCCCGGGUGCCCAGGGACCUAAGCAAUGUGAACUGUGAGGAGCUGGGCCCACUUCCACCAGGCUGGGAAAUCAGAAACACAGCCACUGGCCGUGUCUAUUUUGUCGACCACAACAAUCGAACAACACAGUUCACAGACCCACGGCUAUCUGCUAAUCUGCAUCUAGUACUCAACAGCCCAAGUCCAAAUGGUUCCCGUGUGGCCAUGGACAGCCAAAACACUAACCUCAGUCAUCCGCCCCAGGCGAAGGACCAGGGUGGUCCUGGGGUCCCUCAGCAAGUUCUGUCCCCAGCCCAGUUGCCUGAAGAGGCAGAGUGCCUGACGGUGCCCAAAUACAAGAGGGACCUGGUGCAGAAGCUGAAGAUCCUGCGGCAGGAACUUUCUCAGCAACAACCCCAGGCUGGCCACUGCCGCAUCGAGGUCUGCCGUGAGGAGAUAUUUGAGGAGUCGUACCGGCAGGUGAUGAAGAUGCGUCCAAAGGAUCUCUGGAAAAGACUGAUGAUCAAAUUCAGAGGAGAAGAGGGACUGGACUAUGGCGGGGUAGCAAGGGAAUGGCUAUACCUGCUGUCCCACGAGAUGCUGAACCCCUACUACGGCCUGUUCCAGUACUCCAGAGAUGACAUCUACACUCUACAGAUCAACCCCGACUCUGCUGUCAACCCGGAGCACCUGUCGUACUUCCACUUUGUGGGUCGUAUCAUGGGCAUGGCGGUCUUCCACGGCCACUACAUCGACGGCGGCUUCACUCUGCCCUUCUACAAACAGCUGCUGGGCAAACCGAUCACGCUGGAUGAUAUGGAGUCUGUCGACCCCGACCUCCACAACAGCCUUGUCUGGAUCCUUGACAACGACAUCACCGGCGUCCUGGACCACACUUUCUGUGUGGAACACAAUGCCUACGGAGAAAUCAUCCAACAUGAGCUCAAACCCAACGGCAAGAGCAUGCCCGUUUCAGAGGACACCAAGAAGGAGUAUGUCAGGUUGUACGUGAAUUGGCGUUUCCUGCAUGGCAUUGAGGCUCAGUUUCUGGCCCUGCAGAAAGGUUUCAAUGAGGUUAUUCCUCAACACCUGCUCAAAUCCUUCGAUGAGAAAGAACUGGAGCUGAUUGUGUGUGGCCUGGGAAAGAUCGACAUCACUGACUGGAAGUCCAACACCCGUCUGAAGCAUUGCACCCCCGACAGCAACAUCGUCAAGUGGUUUUGGAAAGCCGUGGAGUCGUUUGACGAGGAGAGGAGGGCCCGGCUACUGCAGUUUGUCACUGGCUCAUCCAGAGUCCCACUGCAAGGCUUCAAGGCUUUACAGGGUGCUGCAGGGCCCAGACUCUUCACCAUUCAUCAGAUAGAUGCUAACACCAACAAUCUGCCCAAAGCCCAUACCUGCUUCAAUCGGAUUGACAUUCCGCCCUACGAGAGCUACGACAAGCUGUAUGACAAGCUGCUGACGGCCAUCGAGGAGACAUGUGGCUUCGCAGUGGAAUGAGAGACACGUUGAAGAGUGUGUUUGUGUGUGAACAUGUUUCACUGUGUGCAGGCUAUCAUUGUCACUGCAAUGUGCCAACAGGCUCACUCAGAGCCUGAUACGUGCAUCGUCGACAAGCCUGCAGUCUUCCUCUUCUCUCACCGCUCUCCACAUUCUUUCUUUAUCGAUAUCGGUUUGAACAGCUGCUAGAAAGUAAACCCCUGUCAUUCAUUUCUUAUUCAGUUAUUUUGUUUGGGGGUUUUUUUUUGUUUGUUUUGGUGUAGAUUGUGUGAAAUACAGAGAGCAAAUUAAGAGAUGUUAAGUUAAACGUCUUACAGAAGUGUUUCUUUUAAAAAUUCAGCGAGUCACUAUUGAAUUGAAUUGAUCCUUGUCAUGCUACUGAAUCAUUAACAGCAGGUAGCCAUAUCUUGCCCUUAGUAUUCAUCUUAAUACGCCUUCCAAUCUUCAUUGCUGCAGAGUCGGUGUGCUUCAUCUUGUAGGAGUGCCACAAAUUCAUCCUACCUCAGUGUAAUGCUUUGAUAUCUGAAGGGUUUUCUUUUAAAAUACCACAGAUGGAUGACAAAUUAAAGGAAAAACCAACAUGAAGUGUCUUAGUAUGGAGUCAGGCCACCACGAGCCUCCAGCACAGCUUCAGUGCGCCUUGCAAAGUCUGUGGAACUCUGUUCCUCCAUAAGAUAUUCCCUCAUUUAUAUAACAACCUUCAUUUAAUCAGGUAAUCUCAUUGAGAUCAAAAUCCCUUUUGCAAGAGAGACCAGGGUACAGUAGAACAGACAUAUAGCAUUAGAGGCAGUCACAGACAUCACUAAAUGGAUUUGAAGAUAAACAUUUAUAUUAUAUAUAUUUGGCUUUAGGGAGAUGUUGGUGAAGAGCAUUAUCUUACACGUUGGUCAAAAAUCUUCUAUAUGUGGCAAACUGGGUUGAGAUCUGGUGAAUGUAAAGGCUGCAGCCCUGGUGCACAGAAGCAUCUGCAUUUGAUAUGUUUCUCCACUCUUAUUCAGGUUUUUCCUUUUUAUUUGUCCCCCUUCUGUGUGUGUGUGUGUGUGUGUUUUUAUGUGUGAGAGAGAGAGAGAAAAAGUUGGUCAUUCAGAUUAGAACAUUUUUAGCGUAGAUUUUCACACCAGCAAUUGGCGUCAUCUGUCAAACCAUAUAAUUUAAAUUGUGAAUAUAUCAUUUUGAAAUGGAACUCGUACAGACUGACUUGGAUGGGUCUGAUGUUUUGUGGCGUUUUUUUAAUUCGAGCUCGUUGUGGAUUGUUUAAACAUUAAGGACGGACUCUGGUUAAGAAGAAGGUAUGAAUCUUGUUUUACUCUCCUGAAUCACUGCAGUGUGACCACAGCUCUUGUAAACAUGUGUGUCUGUAUGUUUCUGCAUGUGUAUACAACUGUGCGUUUGUAUGCUAGGAAGGUAGACCUUUUACUAGCACAAGGACAGUAUCCUGUAUUUGAAGCUGCAGAGCUGAUUGAACCUCACAUUUUGAGCCUCGUUCGCCUUCACUUUUCCCUCAUUUACACAUUUGUCUUCAGCAGUAACACGUAUGCAUGUUUUUUUGGGUUGUCCAACCCAGCAUGCUUCCUGCCACAUCAUAUGUGUACAGGGACAGCUGUCCACGGGACCAGGCUUGAUAAAAAGCUAUUCAACGCAGGCAGUCUAUUUUCAGUCACAUCAUCAGUUAAAAAAAGCAGAAGAGUUUCUUUCUCUCUGUCUUAUCACUUUAGAGCACUUUACAAACUGAGGCAGUGAGAGCAGGAGUUCGUUCUUCACAUUAGAUUAAAAUAUAUUAUGUUUCAUUUGCUAUACAACUACACUAGAAAUAUACAGAGUAAAAAGUAUCUAUACUCCUGUAAUUUCUGAGUAUAUAUGUACAAAUACAUAGCUAUUUUGUAUAUUGUUGCUUGUUCUUUCUGUUCAGUUUAAAUGCAAGCAUGUUGGUGUCUGUCACAGACCUCUUUGCAUUCUCAGGUGAAGUAGUCCUUUUUAUUUUAAAAUUGUUUUCUUUAUUUUUAUUUUACAUUUAUUGGGCUAGUAUGUGAGGAGGGGUAAAACUGGUUUUAAUGGAAACUAUAUUUCCGAAGCCCUGUCCCAUGAUAGUGUAAAAGUUGGCAGUUUAAAGUGAUAUUUUCUUGUGGUCAAUCGCUUUCGCUUAUUAACACACACAUACCUUCAUAGGAGGACCUAAAUAGCCACAUUUGCUGCUCUGGAGGGCUUCGUCACCACUGAAUACCAAACGGCUCAGACGACAAUAUUACUUCGUAUGCACAGAAGCAGUCUGUUUGCAACAUGAAUUUUUUUUUCUUUUUUUUUUUUUUGAAAGCGAGGGAAUAAUAGACUGAAUGCUGAUGGUGGCCUCAAAUCCUCAGAGCUGCAAAUGUUGGAGGUUGACUGCUGCUGAACUCCAGGGUGCUACACGGUGAAAAUGUUCAACCCAAAUUAAGUCACUAGAAACCAGAGAGGCAACAGUGAGGAGCUUCUCCCAUCACCACAGCCUCCAUCCAAAGAAAAAAGCUUUGCAUGAAUGGAUGCUCAACAGAGAGAGCCUAUUUAUUUGCAUAAAAAUUACUCUUAGAAAACGUUUUGACUUGUGGGGGGGGGGGUGUCAGUUAAAUGUUCUUUCUGUGUAUGCUGCCUGCAUUUAUUUGUAACCAGAAACAGUUUGUCAGCUAAUACUCAAACACUGAGUUUGUGGUCAUCAUGAGACAAAACAUAGCAAACUGAAAAUGUCGUCUUUGUACAGUUAGAGAAAUGUAUGUGAUUUUACUUUUUAAUAUCUCAGAGGGGGAAAAUAAAUGCAUUACAAGUUUUUUUGCACACGUUAUGCAUACUUGGACUCCAAGUUAUAAUCAGACACUUCCUUCUAUUUACCAAAUACUUAAUGGACUGAUUUUUUUUUCUUUUUUUUGUUGUAAUGUAGUUUAUAUAUAUAUAUUUUUUUUUUCCCCACACACAUGUUCUUGAUAUGCCCACAUGUAUGUUUGUCCAGUGCACACAGUCCACUUCUGCUCCUUCAUACUUUUUGUCGGCACCAAGUUUUCUGGCUGGCUCAGUCUUUAGUGCUUCGUGACGAGGGGAACUCUCACUUUCCCUCAGUUCGGCAGCCAAAUUGAUUACGCGUCCUUGACAAUGUUGCAGGCGAUUGUUAACUUUUUCAAGCUUUGAACGUCUGUAAUAUAGAGGUUUUUGUCUAUUCUGAUUGAUCUGAUUUAUGUAAUUGAAUAAAUUGAGAUCCAUUUCUGGUCAAAAUUAUGUGCUUUUAUGAUGGUUUCAUUGGUUACAAACCACAAUAAGCUGUGUAAUGUUCAGCAAACACACUCCCCACGUUUUUCGUACACAUUUAUAGGUUUAUGUGCAAAUUCUUGUGUGUGUGUGUGUAAAUGACUUUUGAUUGAAUUCAAUACAAAACAGAAAGAAAUCUUUUUUUUAACUGCACCAUCUUUUAUUUCUUUUGAUUUCCUAUGUGUUUUUGUAUUUAUUACAGUAUGUUUGUUCCUUGUUUUUCACAUCAGCUGCUCUGUGAGCUUGUAACUAACACCUGUACAUAAGGACAAUAAAGAAGCAAAGUAAUAAACUUCUUGUACCCUUGCAGAAAGCUGAGCAAUAAAACUAUGCUGUUUGGACUUCACAGCAUUAUGUUUUAUAGUA